AUGAACUCAUACAACGCGCCUGCACCGCAGGAAUACGCUGGAGAUGAGAUCAAUGCGCUGGUCCUCGAUCCCGGUUCCUUCACCACUCGCGCCGGCUUUGCUGGAGAAGACACUCCCAAGUCUGUGAUUCCAUCCUUCUACGGUUCUAUCGCUGCCGCCGAUGCCGACUCCCAAUCACGAUACCUCUUUGGCGAAAAUGCCAUCCACAACCCUCUCCCGAACAUGGAAAUCCGUAGCCCAUACGACUCGGACGGCAUUGUAGAAGACUGGGACGCUGCUUCGAGGCUAUGGGAAUACAGCAUCACUUCGCGAUUGACCGGCGCCCGACCAACUCCCGCUGCAAAGAAUGGCCUCAAUGAUGACACGGAAGAUGGAGACAAGCCUGCAGACGGUGACGGUGAUGUUGCCAUGGAGGGAGUUGAGGAGCAAGAGAAACCCAUGAGCGAACACCCAUUGCUCAUGUCAGAGCCUGCCUGGAACCCUGCGAAGAACCGCGCAAAGUGCAUCGAGAUUGCGCUUGAGGAUUGGGGUGCUCCGGCCUUCUGGCUAGGCAAGACCGGCGUACUGGCUGCAUUUGCCGCAGGAAAGCCUAAUGCUCUAGUCAUCGAUGUUGGUGCAAGCACAACUUCCGUCACUCCCGUGCACGAUGGCUUUGUUUUGAAGAAAGGCAUUCAGAAAUCAUCGCUGGGUGGUAACUUUGUUUCACAACAAUUGCGCUUGCAGUUUUCGAAAAUGGACCCUGUGGCUCCUCUGGUGCCCCAUUACAUGGUCAAGUCCAAGUCUCCCGUCGAUGCCGGCCAACCAUCCAAUGCUGAAUACAUGAAAUUCGACAUUCCGCCGACAGACUCUUUCAAAAAGAACGAGGAAGAGCGCAUCUUCACCUCUUUCAAGGAGAGCAUGGUUCAGGUCUGGCAAGGUCCUGGCAAGCUUGACCAGGCGGACGGUGUGGGCAACCACCCUAACAUUAAUGCAGUCAAGGACUUGCCUUCGCGACCAUUCGAGAUGCCAGACGGCUGGAACCAGGUGUUUGGUAUUGAGCGCUUCAGAGUCGCUGAGGGCUUGUUCGACGCAAAGGCGGCACUGACCGACGAUAACCACCCCGCACCUGAUCAGAAGCACACGAUAACACAGAUGGUCCAAGCUGCUUUGACUGCUGUAGAUGUUGAGGUCAGGCCUUUGCUACUGAACAACAUUGUCCUUACUGGAGGUGGCAGUCUGCUCGAUAAGCUCGCAGAACGUCUUCACAGUGAACUCUCCGCACUGUACCCUAACCCUCGCGUGAGGGUGAAUGCAAGCAACCUCGUGACGGAUAGAAAGUAUGGAUCCUGGGUCGGUGGCAGCAUUCUUGCAAGUCUGGGCACUUUCCACCAGAUGUGGAUCUCCAAGAAGGAGUACGAAGAGCACGGCUCUAGCAUCAUCGAGAAGCGAUGCAAAUAAUGAGACAUGGAGCAUGGGAAAAGGCGUUCUCAGGCAUAUUAUAGCAGGUCAAAAUGGAGAUUGUGUCGGCCGGACCCAGAGAUACCAGACAGAUAGAGAUGCCAACGAAGGUUCGAUAACACAUGAAGAAUGUC